GGAUGUGCUAGGUGUGGGCCGGACCCCACCCGACCCUGACAAGUGACCAUGGAUCCUGGAGCCGGGUCAGAGACAUCUCUGACUGUCAAUGAGCAGGUCAUCGUGAUGUCAGGUCAUGAGACCAUCCGAGUGCUGGAAGUCGGAGUGGAUUCCCAGCUCCCUGCUGAGGAAGAGAGCAAAGGACUGGAGGGUGUGGCCGCCGAGGGCUCCCAGAGCGGAGACCCUGCUGAAGCCAGUCAAGCUGCUGGUAAAGCUGGGCCAGACAACCUGGGCUCCUCUGCAGAGGCAACUGUGAAGUCACCCCCGGGGAUCCCUCCGAGCCCUGCCCCUGCCAUUGCCACCUUCAGCCAAGCCCCAAGCCAGCCUCAGACAUCGCAGACCCUGACGCCACUGGCUGUACAAGCUGCCCCCCAGUAUUGCAGGUCAAGUGGCUGGUCAGCAGGGGCUGGCCGUGUGGACAAUUCCUACAGCAACCGUGGCUGCCCUCCCAGGACUGACCGCUGCUUCUCCUACGGGGGGAAUUUUCAAGCCACCUUUAGCCGGUCUCCAAGCAGCUGCUGUGCUGAACACCGCUCUUCCGGCACCCGUACAAGCUGCCGCACCAGUACAGGCCUCCUCAACAGCCCAACCCCGGCCACCAGUCCAGCCCCAGACGCUGUUCCAGACCCAGCCGCUGCUGCAGACCACGCCUGCCAUCCUCCCGCAACCCACUGCUGCCACCGCUGCUGCCCCUACCCCCAAGCCAGUGGACACCCCCCCGCAGAUCACCGUCCAGCCUGCAGGCUUCGCAUUUAGCCCAGGAAUCAUCAGUGCUGCUUCCCUUGGGGGACAGACCCAGAUCCUGGGGUCCCUCACUACAGCUCCAGUCAUUACCAGCGCCAUUCCCAGCAUGCCGGGGAUCAGCAGUCAGAUCCUCACCAAUGCUCAGGGACAGGUUAUUGGAACCCUUCCAUGGGUAGUGAACUCAGCUAGUGUGGCGGCCCCAGCACCAGCCCAAAGCCUGCAGGUCCAGGCUGUGACCCCCCAACUGUUGUUGAACGCCCAGGGCCAGGUGAUUGCGACCCUGGCCAGCAGCCCCCUGCCUCCACCUGUGGCUGUCCGGAAGCCAAGCACACCUGAGUCCCCUGCUAAGAGUGAGGUGCAGCCCAUCCAGCCCACACCAACCGUGCCCCAGCCUGCUGUGGUCAUCGCCAGCCCAGCUCCAGCAGCCAAGCCAUCUGCCUCUGCUCCUAUCCCAAUUACCUGCUCAGAGACCCCCACCGUCAGCCAGUUGGUGUCCAAGCCACAUACUCCAAGUCUGGAUGAGGAUGGGAUCAACUUAGAAGAGAUCCGGGAGUUUGCCAAGAACUUUAAGAUCCGGCGGCUCUCCCUGGGCCUUACACAGACCCAGGUGGGUCAGGCUCUGACUGCAACGGAAGGUCCAGCCUACAGCCAGUCAGCCAUCUGCCGGUUCGAGAAGCUGGACAUCACACCCAAGAGUGCCCAGAAGCUGAAGCCGGUGCUGGAAAAGUGGCUGAACGAAGCUGAGCUGCGGAACCAGGAAGGCCAGCAGAACCUGAUGGAGUUUGUGGGAGGCGAGCCCUCCAAGAAACGCAAACGCCGCACCUCCUUCACCCCCCAGGCCAUAGAGGCUCUCAAUGCCUAUUUUGAGAAGAACCCACUGCCCACAGGCCAGGAGAUCACUGAAAUUGCUAAAGAGCUCAACUAUGACCGUGAGGUCGUGCGGGUCUGGUUCUGCAAUCGGCGCCAGACGCUCAAGAACACCAGCAAGCUGAAUGUCUUUCAGAUCCCUUAGGGCUCAGCCCCUGGCCCUGUGUUCUAGCACUUUGUCUGUUUCCCUUGGCACCCGGCUGCAGCCACUGCCAUGACAGCCACGUGCAGCUGUGCUCACCCCAGGUCAUGAGACUCCACCGUGUGCAUGUGCAUCAAUGUCCCUCUUCUCCCACACAUCUCACAACAUGGGGAGGCCAGAGGGGGUCACACGAGAGCUCCAGGCUCUGGGCUGGUCGCUCUGAAGAAGAAGAUUUGUGAUGUCACUUAGAGAAGCACCUUGCCAGCAUGGUUUCUGAAGGGUGAAUUCUGGCGGGGAACCAGAAACUCCCUGUCUUUGGGGCAGGGCUGUAGCAGCUCCUAAGGACCACUGGCCAUUAGCACUUGCUUUUGAUGGCGUUCUCUUUCCACCUUCUCUUCUCCUUUGCUCCUCUGUGUUAGUGUGGCAGGUAUGACAACUCAUCCAGUGGAACCACAGCCUCACACUGCCCUUCCGCCCCCACACUUUGCCUGCAGGCGCACCGAAAGGACCCAGGAGAUAAAAUUCAAAAAAGUGUGAUGUGCUGCUCAGAAGGUCAGACUCAAAUGUCUGCCCUGACCUCCAGGUCAGAAGGUUCUCAAACCCCUGGGGCUGGAACAUGGGAUCUCCUCUCCCACCUCUUCCUGGUUCCUUUGUGGGGAAAAUUGCACUAAAACAGAACCUUUUCUUAAUCCACGUUGGAAGGAAGAAACAGUGAACUCUACCUGUCGUGGAGUUGUCCUGGGUCUGCAGAAGAUUGGGAGUUUAGAAAAUAGGGCGGUUCUUUCAGAUUUUAAUCUAAUCUCUGUCAGUGGCCAUCCCUCCCACAAAAAAAUGUGGGUUAAGAAAACGUGCAGACUGGAAAAUCCCAUUGCCCAAACAAACGGGCAACACUGGAGAAAAAUAAGGAAAGGGAUGCUGACUUUCUCUUUCUUUCUCUUGUCCUCACACCCAUUCCCAACCCAAUACUGGGGCUUUCUUAAAAGGAGCAAAUUAAACAAUAAACCAGACAGCAAGGCCCUGGGGGAAAGGACAACAUCCUGAAAUAAAUGAUGGAGCCCGGGAAGGUCUCUUGUGGAAGCUGACUUAACUCUAAUUUUCUUUGUAACUUUAAGCCUUGGAUACCGGAGGAGAAAUCUCAUUUUGUCGAGUCUCAGACCGUGUCUAUGUGUAAGCAAUCCCCCCAGUGUCCUCCGAGCCAAGAACACCCCCAGAUCAGGUUGGGUUUUGCCUCUAGACAGGGUAGCUAUGGUACCUUGGGGGUUAGCUCUCAUCCAAGCUAUUAAGUGAGUUUCCAGCCUCACUGUGGCUGGAAAGCCCCUAAAAUUCAGUAUGUAACUCCAGGAAGUCAGGAGAGAACAGAGAUUUGCCUAGAUGACCACAGGCUUGUGGUGUAGACAGUCCCUAAAGGGCCUCAAGUCACGGGGGUCAACCACCCCUCUCUUCAGUACUCGUAUCCUUACAGAGGCUGGUCUCCAACAGCUGCCUCCAUUGGACCUCCCAUGAUCCACCCUGAGGGAGUGACCAUCAGGUGGAGACACAUCACCACCUCUGUCAGUCACUGGUGCAGAGCCAUCUCCUAGCCUAGCUGCUUCUGGUAUGCUGUUUCCUUUCCCACUUCCUGUUGGUCCCUCCCAGGCCCUGCAAUGCCAGCGUGGCCACCCUCUUGGUAGCCUGGCCAGUGAGAGGAGGACAGUUGUGUGCUGAAUUAGCAUACGCAUGUGCAGCAUGCGUGCGUGCGCGCACACACACACACGCCCUGCUGCAUUUGGACAAACCAUGCCUGCCAGAUUGUGGCAGAGGUGAGGAAGCAGGUGGGCAGCUUGCCUGACCCAGCUUCCGGGAAGAGCGUGUCUCCAACAGAGAGGCUCCACACUCCAGUUCAGGGUUAUUGACCUGCCUCAGUAAGAUGACAGACUCAUUUGGGAGGGGUGUUGCAAACAAGUUUUCCGUGAGAAUAGUUAAGUUCCAGAGCUUGUAAAGGAUUCAGUGACUUACACUUAGUAAAUUAGGCCAGGUACGGUGGCUCACGCCUGUAAUUCCAACACUUUGGGAGGCUGAGGUGGGCAGAUCAUUUGAGGUCAGGAGUUUGAGACCAGCCUGACCAACAUGGUGAAACCCUGUCUCUACUAAAAAUACAAAAAUUAGUCAGGUGUAGUGGCACACACCUGUAAUCCCAGCUACUUGGGAGGCUGAAGCAGGAGAAUUGCUUGAACCCGGGAGGUUGCAAUGAGCUGAGAUCACGUUGCUUCACUCCAGCCUGGGUGACAGAGCAAGACUCUGUCUCAAACAAAAAAACCUAUAGCGAUGCAGAUUUUCAUGCUCAGACGCUUGCAUUCAGGUAUGCUUUCUUUUUUGAGAGAGACAAAUGGGUCACAGCUGGCACCCUGGGAAUAGCACAUAAUCCAGGGUGUGUCUGUGGUGGUGGACGUGCAGGAGGGCACCAUCUGUCCUGUGUCAUGAUGGGAAAACAAUCAUGAACCACUGGUCUAAAUUAGGCCUGGCCAUGCUUUCUCAGCCCCUCCCUCAUUUAAAUCUGUCUUCCCAAGGCUGAGCUAGAACUAAACCAUUUCUCCUCUGCUGGUCAUUCGGAGGAACAAUACCAGGGGUGAGAGGUUUGCAGGCUGAAUUCCCCAGGCAUGGGGAUGCAGGGUGUCCCUGAAGUAUGCCCAAAGCAGAGCUCGCUGGCCUAUGAUCUCUGCCCUUGCUCCCGCAGUGUAAGACCCCCAGGAAGCAACUGGGGCCUGAACCUCUCACCUAGGAGGUGGGUUUAUUUUAUUUCUUGUUAGCAUCAGGCUCUGAAAGGAGACGGUGUACAUUUCGUUUUGAAAACAUCUUCUGGACUGAAGCCUGAGUUUAGUGUCGUCUUUACUAUGGAAAGAGAGGAGAAUGGACAGAAAUGGUUUAACGGUGUGGGGUUUUGUUUGUUUUGUUUUAAAUGGAAGAAAGACCAAAACUUUCCUGGUGAAUCAGCUAGGGCCUUUGACCCUGCACUAACCAUUGCAUUUUAUCCAGGUAAAGUCCAGGGAAAGAACUCAGCCAAAUGGACUAAGGAACACACGAGUUUGGAAUUCGAGACCCUGACAUUUUUGUGUUCUUGGAAAUCCAGUUACCUUCCCAUGCCCAGAUUUCCUUCCUGCCUCAUGGACCAGGCUCUAACACUGAGGUCCUCACUGUUCCCAACACAGGCAAAGCUUCCUGAGGGCUGGAGCGGGGAACGGGAGAGGAGAAUGGGGAAGAAGCAUUUGAUGUAGUUGUGUGGAAUAAACAGUAUUUUUUUCUUUUGUA